ACCUCCAUCCAUGGCUAGCGAUACGUUGAGCGAAUUCGAAUGUUAUGAUGGAAGUGCUGUGACCAAAUCCUACAACCUCCUUAGCCAGUACGGUCUCAUCAACGCAGCAUCUGCGCAGGAGAGGGAAGAGCUGGCAUUUGCAGUCAUAGCAUCGCUGCCUAGGCCAAACAUCGCAUCUUUACAAUGCCGCAUCGAGCCUUUGCUGCGACUUGAUGUCCUUGGACUGCUCCCGGACGAAGUAGCUCUACAGGUACUAUCCUAUCUGCCCUGCGAGGCCCUUCUAACCUGUUCGCUGGUGAGUCGAAGGUGGCGUGCGCUUGCAGAUGACCAGUCGCUCUGGCGACAUCUAUGUCUGGCUCGUGGGUGGCGCUGGCGGACACCUUUGGGCGGACAACGACAGACGAAUGAACGCGAGUUUGUCGCAGAGCGUGUUCUGGGAGAUGACGACGACGAGGGGAUGGGUGACGAUGAGGGCUCUGGAAACUUUGAAUCUCAAGAGCUCCUUGAUUAUUUGGGACAGCCGUCAACAGUGCCCUCCUGUCUUCAAUUGCCUUCUGCAGCUCCAGCCACCGUAGGACGCGAUAUGUCCCUCUCAGCUGAACUAUCCCGUUGCAAUGGCUCCGUCCCGCAUUUUCAGGCGGUGUCCUCAGAGUUCCUUCUCGACGCCAUCCCGGACUAUAAACUUCUCCAUAGGACGCAUCUGAAGCUGCAGCAUCGCGUGCUAUCUGGCUCGUACAACCUAUCCGACCUUCAACACGGGUCGCCAAACAAACAUUCCAGUACCAUCUACUGUCUUCAACUGUACACGUAUCCGGAAUCUGGCGAGCAGGUCCUGUUCACGGGUUCUAAGGAUCGUUCCAUCCGAGAGUGGCACCUUGCGUCGGGAAAGGUGACGCGCGUACUCGAACGCGUCCAUGAGAGCAGUGUCUUAAGUCUGUGUGUUCGCGAUGACCUGCUUGCCAGCGGAGGCAGCGAUUGUCGGGUCGUAAUCUGGGAUCUUCGGAACGACUCAGAGUUGAAGGUCAUUGAAGAUCAUUUGGACAGCGUGCUAUGCGUGCGCUUUGAUGAGACACGACUCAUUUCCUGCUCCAAAGAUCAAACCGUGAGGACGUAUCUACUGCCAGAUUUCAGGCCGGAACACGUGUUCUACGAUCAUCGCGCAGCCGUGAACUCUGUUGCCAUUUCUUCAGCACACAUCAUCUCAGCCUCCGGAGACCGGUCGCUCAGGCUGCGGGACGCAAAGACUGGCGCCCUGCUACGAACGUAUGAAGACCAUCAUGAUAGAGGCAUCGCGACUAUAGAUUUCAGGCCUCCUUUUGUUCUGUCCGGCUCUUCAGAUAGACACCUGUGCUUGAUCGAUAUCACAACGUCCAAUGGGUGGUCAACGUCUGCCAGUGCAUGUGCUGCACACCGGGGUCUUGCCAGGGCUGGAGGCACGGAAGCGUCUAGUGUCGACGGAAGGACCAUCUCCAAUGGAGAGAGCAGACGUGGAAGAACUCGGCUUCGUGCACACGAAGAUUUAGUGAGGAGUGUUGCGCUCAGUGACGACAUAGUUGUCAGUGGGAGCUACGAUCACACUGUCAAGGUUUGGGACCGUAAAACAGGCGCGCUGAUAGUAGACCUUGCUGGCGGACACACUGGGAGGAUAUUCUGUGUAGCCUGCGAUGCAGCCAAGAUUGUUUCGUGCGGUGAGGACCAGAAGAUUUGCAUAUGGGACUUUUCUCAUGGCAUCGAUAUUUCGUUUAUCGAGUUUUGAUCCAACGCGAUACCAUUGCUGUCGUUCAGUCUAUCACUUUCACCAUGGCUACCUGCUAAGAUCAUCAUGAACGUAUAGCCGACUGAUACGAGCAGCAGGUGUUAGCCGAUAGGUGUGAUUAUGGAUUUCGAUGGUUUCAUACUGUGUAUCAUGGAAAUGAGGUGCCCAUAGCUUUGACGUCUCUCAGAAGAGUAAAGAUUUGAUGAGAACCCGCCUCGCCGACCCUCGCGAUGCUUCGUAACAUAGAUUACUCUUGAGAACU